AUGCGCCCUCUCACAGAGACCGAGACGCAGACCCUGUUCGCAAAAUUAGCCAACUACACCGGCAACUCUCUCAAGAACCUCAUUGCGCCGCUGGACAAUGGCCCCAAUGCCGAUCGAUUCGUCUUCCGCCUGCACCAGUCGCGAUGCUACUAUGUGCGUCUAUCUCUAGCCAAUCUUGCCGUCUCGGUUUCAAGAGACAAGCUGCUGUCGCUAGGAACUUGUCUGGGAAAGUUCACGAAGACGGGCAAAUUCAGACUUCACAUCACCGCCCUGCCCAUUCUCUCGGAGCACGCACGGUAUAAAGUCUGGGUUAAGGCGAACGGAGAGAUGCCGUUCUUGUAUGGGGGACACAUCGUCAAGGCACAUGUUGGCAGAUGGUCGGAGGAUUGCCCGGAGCAUCAGGGUGUGAUAGUGUACUCGAUGAACGACACACCGUUGGGAUUUGGAGUGACGGCGAGAAGUACACAGGAAGCGAGAAGAUUGGACCCUACCGGUAUCACUUGUUUCCGACAGGCGGACUGUGGAGAAUACCUGAGAGAUGAGGAUAGCUUGUUUGCGACCAGCUGA